UUUAGCAUAUAGAAAUAUACCUAUUUUCGUUUCGCGAAUAUACCAACAAGGCAGAUAAGACAAAAUAAAGGUUGGGUUAGCUUAUUUGCGCUUUAUUCAAAAGCAGCUGCAUUUAGUGAGCGAGCGACAAAGAAGGUUCAUCUAAGAUGGCACGCUUUUUUAUCGGACUGCUCUGCUGGGCAGCUAUCACAACAGUAGCUUCCUCAUCCUACUCCGGCCGGGGAUUUACCUAUAGAAGAAGCUUUAACUCAACAGCAAUUCCCGCCCACAAAUGGGGAUUCAGCAGCAAUCCAACUUAUGUUGUGCUUGCGACAACAAAACCCAGCAGAAGGAGCCAAUUGCUGCCCAUGGUCAUAAACACCUGGAACUUCACGGAUGCCAAUGCCUUUGCCUGGCGCAUUCUCCAGCAAUCAGAGGGCGGAUUGGGACAGACACGCAAUGCUGUUGUCGAAGGCUGCACCAAGUGCGAGCAGCUGCAAUGCGAUGGCACCGUGGGCUAUGGCGGCUCGCCGGAUGAACUGGGCGACACCACGCUGGAUGCCCUCGUCAUGGAUGGGGCUACAAUGAAUGUGGGCGCUGUGGCUGGAUUGCAGGGAAUUAAGGAUGCCAUUCAGGUGGCGCGUCAUGUGUUGGAGCACACCUCCCAUACGUUGCUGGUGGGCAACUCGGCUUCAGAGUUUGCCAAGUCAAUGGGAUUCCGGCCUGAGACUUUGGUCACCCCCGAAUCGAAACUCAUGUGGCAGCAUUGGAAGGAUGGCAAUUGUCAACCAAAUUUUUGGCAUGAUGUGCAUCCAGAUCCCAGGAUUUCGUGUGGUCCCUACGAGCCGCAGGCAACGCCCCCCACCCGCUGGAAGGAAGAUCGAGCACGCACCGAAUUUCAAAUGGGUCACAAGAAUCACGACACCAUCGGCAUGAUUGCAAUCGAUGUGCAGCAGCAAAUUCAUGUAGGCACCUCUACCAAUGGAGCACGCUUCAAAAUACCUGGCCGUGUAGGUGAUUCACCGAUUCCCGGUGCAGGCGGCUAUGCGGACAACGAAGCAGGAGCUGCAGUUGCCACUGGUGAUGGGGACGUUAUGAUGCGUUUUCUGCCCACUUUGCUGGCUGUCGAGGCCAUGCGCAGUGGCAAAACUCCGGCACAGGCGGCGGAGGCAAGCGUUCAACGCAUCCUCAAGCAUCACAAGGACUUUUCGGGUGCUGUGAUUGCCGUCAAUCGGCUGGGAGAAUAUGCGGCUGCAUGCUAUGGGAUGGCUGAAUUUCCCUUCGUGGUGAGCAACCCGCUGCAUGGUACUCAAUUGGAGAUAGUUAAGUGUUUGGCACCAUUGAUGGAUGUUACUGUGGUGCCCUUAGCGUAAAUGUGCAAAAUCAUAUUAAACAUGCCAUUAUUUUUGUGUUUAUUGUUGUGCUAGUCAUUUGUUUGGUUUUCAGUGUUGCACAACGAUUUUGUGUUAUUGCAUUUGGCUUUGUACAGGUUUCGCUUUCGCGUGAUGAGGUCCAAAGAAUAUACCAAGCAUCCGUUUUUAAAUAAAUAUGCUGACAGUUUGUAACUGCAAAUUAUAAUAAAUCUAUUUAGAAAACAUCCAAUGCAAAUGGAAUUUCUUACAAUAUAAUUAUAAUUUCUUUUAAAUAUUUUUUGCAUAGCAAGGAAUUCAAAGCCUAUAAUUAUUAAACAUGGCAUUAUUGCUGAGUUUGUUUUGCUCUUCUGUUAGUUUUUUAGUGUUACACAAUGUGAAAUUUUUGCAUUCGGCUUUGAACCGGUUUCGCUUUUGAAGACACGUUCCUACCGCAUGAUGAGUGAGAUAAAUAUACUUAUCAUACAUUUUUAAAAAUAUACUAAACUUUUAUAAAUAAUAAUUGUCAAUAACGAAACAUGCAUUGCAUUUAAAUAUUUAAAAGGUUGGAGGUUUCAAUUUUGAAAUACUAACCAUGUAGUAACAGAGUGUGCGCAUAAUAUUUAUACAGCAAAAAAAAUAGUCGUUAGCCAUCUUGUCGCUUGCACCUAAACGUGUCUAGACCUCCCAAUUAUUUUUCCGCCAAAUCAGCGUCGCGGCAGCAGCGAAGACGCCGCAUACGUGAAAAAAGCGAAGUUGCAAAACGAAGCAGAAACGGCGCAAACGCUACAAUAGAGUGUGAAAUUGUGCGAAAAAGUGAUUAAUAGAAAGCCGUCAAAAUUAUUAAAAAUACACAAAAAACAGGUCGCAAGUCGUUGACUAAUAUGGCUAUACAGCUGGAUAAGAUCCUGG